AUGUUGCCUUCUUCGGUGCGGCGUGUGGUUUCCGCCGCACCUCAAUCAUCACUACUAUCUAACUUGUCCUCUUCGACCGCUCGAGCGCCAGCCGCCCUGACCCUCUGCUGCAAUACGAGUGGUCAGCGAAGGCGUUACUCAUCCUCGAAGCCUUCGAGCCCUAACGACUCUCCCAAGGGGAUUUCAGAUGGCCAGGUUACCGCUUCGCCGUCUCAGUCUUCAAAACAAAGCGGAGAGAAGCGCAGGCGCAAGACCAAAGAAUGGACAGAUAUUCAGCAAAAACUCCCUAGUGUUCCUAGUACACAACAUGUGCCGCAAGAAGCUCUCGCCCUGUCGACGUUCUUCUCCCUGCAUCGGCCCAUGUCCGUAACACAUAGCUUCCCUAAGACCAUCACCGACGAUGCGUUUGCGCAAAUCUUCGCCCCCCGCACAAAGAACAACAAGUAUACCGAUGUCAUGUCUACGCUAUCUAGGACCGUCGAUGAGCUCGAACAGCCCAUGCAAAACCUGGAUCUAGAUGGUCAACAAAGUGGCGAAACUAUUGCAGAUCAUAAUGGCGAGCUAACGCAUAAGAUCGAUCUUAAACACCCGGACGGCACCGAAUCGAGCGUCUACGUCCAGCUCAAUGCCAUGUCUGGCCAAUUUCUGCCGUUCAGACCCCCUCCCCUGCCUCGAAACGAGGCCACCGCUGAGGUAGAAACCGCUCACGAGGAAGUGGAGGAUCUAACGCAGCAUCGUGUCUAUAAGGCCAUGUUCACGCUCGAGGAAACUACAGACGAGAACGGCCAGAUACGAAUCGUAGCGCAUAGUCCUGAGGUAGUCGAGGAACCAUCCGCACCGAAAACGUUCCUCGAGCGCAUGGCUCUUCGCCAGAUUCGGUGGCGUGAGGAAGUCCGCGGCCAGAGUCCCGAUAUGCACGCCAUCAGUGUUCGCAGGCAAAGGAAGCUGAAGAUGAAGAAGAAGAAGUACAAGAAGCUGAUGAAGCGGACACGAAACAUUCGACGGAAAUUGGAUCGUGUCUAA